GUGUUUUUGGAACAAACUGAUCAGCAAGAGCAACUGGCUAAGAAGUGGGAGUUCAAAACGUCUGACAUAAGAGAACUGAGUAGCCAUGAAUUCUUCAUGCCAGGAAUGGUUGAUACACACAUUCAUGCCCCUCAGUAUUCAUUUACUGGUACAAGAGUAGAUCUACCUCUUUUGCAGUGGUUGACUACCUACACAUUCCCAACAGAAGCCAAAUACAAAGACAGUGAUUUUGCAGAAGAAGUGUACACCAGAGUUGUUAGACGAACUCUAAAGAAUGGCACGACUACAGCUUGCUACUUUGCAACAAUUUACACGGAUACUUCAUUACUUCUUGCUGAAAUUAUAGAUAAAUUUGGCCAACGAGCAUUUGUUGGAAAAGUCUGCAUGGAUGUGAAUGACAGUGUGCCACAAUACAAAGAGAUUACUGCUGACUCUGUCCAAGAGACAGAAAGAUUUGUUAAGGAACUACUGGAAAAGAAAUAUCCAAGGGUACAGCCUGUAAUAACCCCCCGCUUUGGCCCUUCCUGCACAGAGGAUUUGCUAUGUGCACUUGGCGAUUUAGCACGGGCUCGUGAUCUCCAUGUGCAGAGCCACAUAAGUGAGAAUGAAGAAGAACUUAAACUUGUGGAGAACAUGUUUCCUGCCUACCAGAAUUACACUGAAUUGUAUGAUAAAAACAAGCUGCUUACCAGCAAGACAGUGAUGGCUCAUGCCUGUUAUCUUUCUGAAGAAGAGCUGAAACUUUUUAGUCUUCGUGGAGCUGCAAUUUCACAUUGCCCCAAUUCUAAUUUUUCGUAA